UUUCAGAAGUGGUCGUUUGAGGACAUCAACAUAUUUCACAAUGCCUGCUAUGAAUUUAAAAUACAAAUUUGGCCUGGUCAACUCGGCCGGCAGAUACCUCACUGCUGAGAAGUUUGGUGGCAAAGUCAAUGCCUCAGGAGCAACGUUAAAAGCCAGGCAAGUAUGGAUCCUAGAGCAAGAAGAGAGCAGCACGAUCAGCUACUUGAAGGCGCCCUCUGGUAACUUCCUCUCUGCAGAUAAAAACGGUAACGUCUAUUGCAAUGUUGAGGACAGGACGGAGGACGCGGAUACAGGAUUCGAGAUCGAGUUGCAACCCGAUGGUAAAUGGGCCCUCAAGAAUGUUUCUCACCAGAGGUACCUAGCUUGCAAUGGUGAGGAGCUGAUCUGCAGUGAAUCCAGCACCAGCAACCCCUCAGCAAACUGGACUGUCCAGCUGGCCAUCCAUCCACAGGUCUGCAUGAAGAACGUCCAGCACCAACGCUACGCACAUCUCAAAACCAGUGAGGAGGGUGAAGACAGCGUGGUUGUAGACGAAUUGGUUCCCUGGGGAGCUGAUUCCACACUCACUCUUGUCUACCUGGGCAAAGGAAAGUACGGCCUUGAGGCCUUCAACGGAAAGUUUGUCCAAACCGACGGACAGCUUGCUGGCACAGCCAACGAACAGACGCAGUUCACACUCAUCUUCACAUCCGGUCACCUGGUACUAAGGGACAACAAUGGACGUCACUUAGGAGUGGACAGUGGAACCAGGGUCUUGAAGUCCUCCAAGCCUGGACUGACGAAAGCCAAUUACUUCAUCCUAGAGGAUAGCUGUCCACAAGGUGCCUUCGAAUUUGGUGGCAAAUAUGCAUCGUUAAAGCAAGGCGAAGAUGUUUCAUUCAAGCUUCUUGUUGACGAAGAGAUCGAAGACACAGAGACCUUCCAGUUGGAGUUUGUUGAAACCGACAAGUACGCCAUCAGGGUAUGUGACCCCAAGAAGAACUCCAGAGAUGCUAAGUUCUGGAAGACCGUCGCUGCUGGUAUCCAGGCUAACGGCAACUCAAAGGACCAGACGGACUGUCAAUUCUCUGUCGAAUACAACGGCAAGCACAUGCAUGUGCGUGCUCCAGGAGGCAAGUAUGUUAGUGUCCGUGACAACGGCCAUCUCUUCCUUCAGGAUUCACCCAAAGACUUCAUCUUCCGUCUGCUCAACCGACCCAAGCUGGUUCUCAAGUGCCCUCAUGGAUUCGUGGGCAUGAAGGAGGGCAAGGCUGAGGUCGCCUGCAACCGAUCAAACUUUGAUGUCUUCACUGUCACCUACAAGGAAGGCGGAUACACUAUCCAAGACUCCUGUGGCAAGUACUGGUCUUGUGAUGACAGUAGCCGCAUCGUUCUUGGAGAGGCAGCAGGUACUUUCUUCUUCGAGUUCCAUGAGCUCUCCAAGUUUGCUAUCAGAGCAGAGAGCAACGGCAUGUUGAUCAAGGGCGAGCAGAGUGGCUUGUUUACCGCCAAUGGUUCCGAGGUCUCAAAGGACACACUGUGGGAAUUCUAAACAAAUUGGGCUUGAAAGAAGCCAAAUCCAAAUCAGAAGUAGAGUAGCUGACAAGCCAGCCACUCUAUCUAUUAUAUCAAUUGCAAAUAUUGUACAUUUUUUUAAUACAAAAAUAUUUUCAAAGGUGCAUAAUAAUUAUUUCAUACUCUGGUGGGAUCUUUAGGAUCAUAUUUUCUCAUUGCCUUGGCAUACUGACUUCCAUUAUCCCUCAUUUUUAAAAGGUAAAUUGAUCACUUAAUAUCAACUGAAAGGAAAUGGAAGUAGGUCUCUGGAAAUUUAGAAGAAUAGAUGACUAUCCAGUAUCUUCAAAUAUUGGUUGUACCUGUCUCAAAAAACCCAUAAAAAACCUCUGUUUUGUGCUGUAUUAUAGCCAUAAAUAGAGAUCAAUUCUGGUGGUAUAUGCUACUUAAAAUCAGGCUUGAAAAUAGAAUAAAUGGAAUGGAAUGGAUUUUCAAAAAGAUUUGGAAUGAUAAAUUUGCAGCCAGUGUCCGUGACAACUCUUGCAUACCAGAAGCACUGAACAGUCUCUGCCGCACCGCUCGCCCAGGUGUAUUGUUGUGACUGUACUUUUGAACAAUAAAACAGAUCUUUCGUCAAGUUUGGAUAUAAAAGUGGAUUGAAAUGCACGAAUAGAUUCGACUUGUAUAGGGCAUGGUGGACAUUGAUUUUACAGAUACUUUCAAUAUACCGGUAAAAAUCAAUCAUAUAGAAAAUGUAAACAGGGUGUAAUAUCUUAAAUA